UGAGCGUGCGGAAGAGGGAGGCGGAAACCGGAAGUUCAAGGCUAGCUCUCGCUUUAGUGGGCGAGUUUUCGCAGGGGUUGUCGGGUCCCGAGCGGGGCUGCGCACCAGUGGCUGUCGGCGUCGGUGUCUGCCGCUCCCUGUCCUGCUGCGGCCGCGCGACUCUGCGAGUGGCAGACUGAGCAAGCGUCGCUCUGACGCGGCCGAGUUGCAGCCUCCAGGGGAAGACAUGCCAACUGCCAAGCAGCUAGCCGAUAUCGGCUACAAGACCUUCUCUGCCUCAAUGAUGCUCCUCACUGUGUACGGGGGUUACCUCUGCAGUGUGCGUGCCUACCGUUACCUCCAGCUGCGCAGUGCCAGGCGCCAGGCCGCAGAAGAGCAGAAGACCUCAGGAGUCCUGUAGAGCAGCAAGGCGUGAGAAAAAAGGAUUUUCCUGCAUGUCAUCCCUGGCGAGAACUAGACCCCAUACCUUUCAAACCUGCUGGGCUAAAAUGCCACGGUUUCUGUAGUGCUGCUGGCUUGUGCCGUUCUGACAGUUUAUGGAGGCCAUCAAGUAAUGGGAAUGUGAGAGUGAGGUUUAUUACAGAGAUUAAAUAUUUUAUACUUUGUUUGUGUUUUAGUGGUUCUGUGUACCCAAAGAGUGUAUGGCUUAUAGAGGUGUGGCCCUGAAUUCUCUAAAAGUUUGGUCUCUUUUUUU